AUGGCGGACGCUGUAGUCAAAUCGGCAGCGUCUAGCAUUGCGCCUACCUCCACGGACGUCAUGAUUGCUGCUGGAGCAGCUGAGGUCGAAUCGCACCGCGUCGGCUGUGCCACGACGGGCGAGCUGUCGCCAGAGGACUUUGAAAUCGCGGCGGCUGAGUUUGCUGCGUGGUGGGCGGCGCGCGUUGGCGAUGUUCGCAGCGCCUGCAGCGACGGCGGAGCAGGGCCGCCGCCCUCAUGCGAACAGCGGGCGGCAGCGGCGAAAGGCAGCGGCGACCAGCAGCAGCAGCAACAGCAGCAGCAACAGCAACAGCAGCAGCGGCAGCGGCCCGAGGAUCGCAGUCAGGCGGAGGACUUCUCAUGGUUUUGGGUGGUGGAGCGCCAGCCUGUGACAGGGGAAGAGGUGGGAUACCUGGCUGCAGAGGCGCCGCUGCCCUGGCAGACUCCACAAGACACGCACGACACGCGCGACACGCACGACACACAGGAUGGGCGACCCGCGGCCGCCGCGCCGCGAGGCGCCUCGGCCGCCACCGAGGCCAGCGGCGACGGCGGCGGGGCCGAGGUGGAUGAGGAAGAUGCCCUGAGUCUAGACGACGACGAGGCCGCGAUUUCGGGGGUCGCUGGGCCAGCCGCAGAGGCAGCCGGCGGCGCGCCCAGCAGCCGGACCCCGCGCGCCGGCGGCGGCGCGGCGCGCGUGUUGGACCUGCACAUUGCAUACCAGCCCUCCUACCGCGUGCCGCUGCUGCUGUUCCGCGCGCGGCACGUCGGCGGACACGGCGGCGCGGGAGCAGGGGGCGCGGCGGCCCAUGGGGAGCUGCUGGAAUUGCUGGCAGAGCCUUUGGGGCGCCACGCGGACGCGUCCGUGCCCGGCUGGGCGUACGUCGCGCAGAUGCCGCACCCAGCGCUGCGGGAGCCGUGGGCGGCGCUGCACCCCUGCCAGACGGCGGCGCUGAUGCGGCUCAUGCUGUCUCCUGGCGGCGGCGGUGGCGGCGGCGGUGCCGGCGGCUGCUCGCAUGGAGCGGCGGGGGCCGGAACAGGGAUGCCGCGGUGCAAGCGGCGCGCGCUGCUGCUGCGCUAUAUGAUUGCAUGGUUCAGUGUGUUUGGUCGCGCCGUCGGUGUGCGACCGCCAGGCCCUGCCGGCUGA